GAUGGUGACAUCAAAGCUCCAGCGGAUUACAAUGUAAUGAGCAGAAGCUUAUCGACACUUCAAGCGAUUGUCUGGGGUUUGCUUAAACCAGCAACACUCCAGGGGCGAUGGCCCUAGGGGCCGGUGGUAAAUGCAUUGGCCCACGCGACGCAACUAAGUGGGUCAGCCUCAUUGAUACCCUCUACUGCACAGUGCUCCAGCGACGUCGACAGAGGCAGCGGCAGCAGCAGCAGCAGCAGCACCAACAGCAGCAGCAGCACGCGCGCAGUCGCAGCGGGCAGCGGACAGAGCCAAGCAAAGCAGCGCAACAGUUAACGGCUUCUUAGCAAAGCUUGCAAG